AUGGAAUCAAAUAGUCCCGACAAGAAAAAAAUUGAGAAUAUACCAUAUUCCGCAAGAGAAAAUCAAAGAUUCGCAAAGUUCAUUUUUGAGAACGAUGAAGAGUAUAACACAAUGGCAGCGUUUUGUAGAGAAGCAGCGAAUGCUGUCCAGACAAAAGAUGAUACACAACUACGAAGCAGGUACACGAGACUUUUAGAAUCGGUAAACAUUUACGAUCACAACAACAAAACAUUGCUGACUCCAGAUGAAAAAAUGAAGGUGGCUAAUGAAUACAUUCUUGACACGAAAUGGAUGGCCGAUAGAGGAUACAUUGAGAACGUGGAUGAAACUUAUUCAAAAGGAACUGUGAUUGAGAAGAAAGCUACAAGAGUAAGCCACGGAGAAAGCUCUUCCACUGUUCACGAUGCAGAGGAGGAACACAAACAGAGCAUCAAAGAGUAA